CAGCACCAAUCUUGGCUCGACGUCAGAGCCUGUGCAGCAGUGCAGUAUAAUGGGAGAGCAAGCAACACAGAGAGCCUCAUAGCGGGCUGUAUAUCGCUGCUAUAGCCUCUGCUUUGCGCUCUCCAGCAGCCUCACCUUUAAGCCCGUACUAUAGGGCUCCCCCUCCUCUACGCCGGAUCCGUACCUUUCGACAUGGACGUCCCAUCAUCACCAGACCCCGAGGAUUGCUGUCUCUUGGCGCAGUGAAGAGGGAGACGGACGAAAGUGGGGAGGAAUCAUGCCGGGAUCGCGAAUGGAUUUGGGGAAAGCGCGAGUGACCAUGCCGUGAUCUUGCACAUCCAGGGCCGCCGCUACCCCUGCUUUUGCCCAACAGCCGCUGAAGAAUCACGCGGGAAUCAAGCCCGCCGCGCACCGGGGAGGAAUUAUCCACUGUGCAUUUGCUCUGAAAACAUCAUGAAGAUUACCUCCCAUCAUCUGAUGAUAACCGGUCUCGCUAUCAGGUUCAACCUCAGGGUGAUCCCGCUUCUGCUGUUGUUUCUUGGAUACACUCGCGGGAUGCCGCACGUUCUAAGAUUCGGGGGAAUAUUUGAAUCCAUAGAGAGUGGCCCCUCUGGAGCAGAGGAAUUAGCCUUUAAAUUUGCCUUGAACACAAUCAACAGGAACCGCACAUUGCUCCCAAACACAACAUUGACCUAUGACAUCCAGAGAAUAAACAUCUUUGAUAGCUUUGAGGCCUCUCGGAAAGCAUGUGACCAACUUUCUCUGGGAGUGGCAGCCAUUUUCGGUCCCUCGCACAGCUCAUCUGCCAACGCAGUCCAGUCCAUCUGCAAUGCUUUGGGAGUGCCCCACAUCCAAACCAAGUGGAAGCAUCAAGUGUCUGACAACAGAGAUUCAUACUAUGUCAGCCUGUAUCCCGACUUCUCCUCCCUCAGUAGAGCAAUUCUCGACCUGGUGCACUUCUUUAAGUGGAGAACUGUCACUGUAGUCUAUGACGACAGCACAGGUACAGGUCUCAUUCGACUGCAGGAGCUGAUCAAGGCACCAUCCCGUUAUAACAUUCGUUUGAAGAUUCGACAGCUGCCCACAGAGACCAAGGACGCCAAGCCACUUUUGAAGGAGAUGAAGAAGGCGAAGGAGUUUCACGUCAUCUUUGAUUGUGGACACGAGAUGGCUGCCUGGAUCCUGAAACAGGCCUUGGCCAUGGGUAUGAUGACUGAGUACUACCAUUACAUUUUUACUACACUGGACCUUUUCGCCCUUGAUAUGGAACCGUAUCGCUACAGUGGAGUUAACAUGACUGGGUUUCGCAUUCUCAACACGGAAAACUCUCAGGUGUCAUCAAUCAUCGAGAAGUGGUCAAUGGAGCGGCUACAAGCCCCGCCCAAACCUGACUCAGGCCUGCUGGAUGGAUUCAUGACAACGGACGCAGCUCUGAUGUACGAUGCCGUGCAUGUGGUGGCAGUGGCAGUGCAGCAGUCGCAGCAAAUCACCGUCAGCUCUCUGCAGUGUAAUCGCCACAAGCCGUGGCGCUUUGGAGGCCGUUUUAUAAACCUUAUCAAAGAGGCUCACUGGGAUGGCUUGACGGGACGCGUUCUCUUCAAUAAGACCAAUGGGCUGAGAACAGAUUUCGAUCUAGACGUCAUAAGCCUAAAGGAGGAAGGGCUGGAAAAGAUUGGAACGUGGGAUCCUCCCAGCGGUCUAAAUAUGACAGAGUCUCACAAAAGCAAGACAUCCAACAUUACAGACUCCCUUGCAAACAAAUCCCUGCGUGUUUCCACUAUUCUGGAGGAGCCGUAUGUCAUGUUCAAGAAGUCGGACAAGCCUCUGUAUGGGAAUGACCGUUUUGAGGGCUACUGCAUCGACCUGCUGAGGGAACUCUCUGGUAUCCUGGGGUUUCGCUAUGAGGUGCGAUUAGUGGAAGAUGGAAAGUAUGGAGCACUAGACGAGGGCACAGGCCAGUGGAAUGGUAUGGUGCGGGAGCUCAUGGACCAUAAAGCAGACCUUGCCGUUUCUCCUUUGGCCAUCACUUAUGCCCGGGAGAAGGUUAUCGACUUCUCAAAGCCCUUCAUGACUCUGGGGAUAAGUAUCCUGUACCGCAAGCCCAACGGCACCAAUCCUGGGGUCUUCUCUUUCCUCAACCCGCUCUCACCGGAUAUCUGGAUGUAUAUUCUGCUGGCUUGCUUGGGUGUCAGUUGUGUGCUGUUUGUCAUAGCCAGGUUUAGCCCCUAUGAGUGGUACAACCCGCACCCAUGCAACCCAGACUCUGAUGUGGUGGAAAACAAUUUUACACUGCUCAACAGUUUCUGGUUUGGAGUUGGGGCUCUCAUGCAGCAAGGCUCCGAGCUCAUGCCGAAGGCCCUGUCGACCCGAAUAGUAGGAGGCAUCUGGUGGUUUUUUACCCUCAUCAUCAUUUCAUCAUACACAGCCAACUUAGCUGCUUUCCUCACUGUGGAGAGGAUGGAGUCGCCGAUAGACUCUGCAGAUGAUCUGGCUAAACAAACCAAAAUCUUGUAUGGAGUGGUAGAGGAUGGCGCCACCAUGACAUUCUUUAAGAAGACAAAGAUCUCUACGUAUGAUAAGAUGUGGGAGUUCAUGAACAGCAGGAGGCAAUCUGUGAUGGUGAAGAGUGUUGACGAGGGCAUUCAACGUGUUCUGACCUCAGAUUAUGCAUUCCUGAUGGAGUCCACCACUAUUGAGUUUGUCACCCAGCGCAACUGUAACCUCACACAGAUCGGAGGCCUCAUAGACUCCAAAGCAUAUGGAGUAGGAACACCUAUGGGCUCUCCUUACAGAGACAAAAUCACUAUAGCUAUUCUUCAGCUGCAAGAGGAAGGAAAGCUGCACAUGAUGAAGGAGAAGUGGUGGAGAGGCAAUGGCUGUCCGGAAGAGGAGAGUAAAGAGGCGAGCGCUCUUGGAGUGCAGAACAUCGGGGGGAUCUUCAUCGUGUUGGCUGCAGGACUGGUGUUGUCAGUAUUUGUUGCCGUCGGGGAGGUCCUUUAUAAGUCCAAACAGAACGCCCAGCUGGAAAAGCGCUCAUUCUGUAGUGCCAUGAUGGAUGAGCUGCGCGUCUCUCUGAAGUGCCAACGUCGUCUCAAACAAAAGCCUCAGCCACCCGCCAUUGUCAAGACAGAAGAGGUCAUUAACAUGCACACGUUCAAUGACAGGAGACUCCCAGGGAAGGAAACCAUGGCAUGAAAACUGACAACACUCCCUUCAAUAAAAAUCACUGAGGGGAUACAGGGGUCAAAUUAACAGAGACUUCACGACGGGCCGAGGCUAGAAGUAACAACAGGAUUCCUUUUAAACCAACAUGUUAUGUAGACAGAUGUUUCCUGUGGAAAUACAGAUACCUGAGCAGUGUCACCUCACUGUGACAAUAACUUUUCAAAGGGGCCGGACUGUGGACUCUCCCCUUGGCUAGGUGGGUAAAGUGUGUAAACUUGAAAGCAGAUCAUAGUAGUUUGGACAAGAAAAUAUUUGCUGGUUCACACCAGAAGUGGAUUUAAACACAAUCACACAUGUAUACACAGACACUCAUAUUGUCCGUCCACACUCUUUACUGCUGUGUAUAAGGGAAGACAGUUUGAACAGUGAAUUCAGUUGUAGUUUUCUGUUGAUGUCAAUGCCCUUUCUCUUACCUCCAUGUCUGUGGCCCCCUCCUCCAGUGGCUUAAGUUUAUUCUAAAUCAUUAAAUCAAAAACUAAUUUCACACCAAAAAAAAAA